AUGGCGACGAAGCAAUUCAAGGCACCUAUCGCGAAACGAAUCACGGCCAGAUCGCCGAUCCUGCAUCCUUCCCCAGCUUAUUCACUUCACAGUCAAAUGUCUAGUCUCCGACUGGAUGCUCAAGAGGAUGACGACGAGACGGACGUUACACCCUCCAGCAGGCCAUCUGAGCAAGCCUUGUUCAACCAAGUCUUGACUUGGCUUCACCAGGAACAAAGUAGGCAGAAAAGCGCCAACGAUGGCAUUAUUACUUCCAACAAUAGCAAUGGUCAGCUUCAGCUGGAGGGAAAGCGGCAUUCGGUUGGAUCAGAAAAGGGACUUGCUCUUGACCAGCUGGAGAGCAUUCUUCAACAUUACGCUGCAACAACAACAACAAAGGACCAUGCGAGCCCUCUUCAGCACAGGCGAUCUAAGAAACACCGUUCCAGACCGAAGGGGUUAAGAAGAGGGUCCGGCUCGGAAUCUGAUUAUUUCGAUGACUCGGUCGUGCCUAGUGUUGACGCUAUGCUGGACAAUUCAAAAACACUGGCAUAUUCAGGCGGUGCAGUGUCAACAGAUCAGCUCACGCUUACUGCCGAUCAACGAAGUCGAUAUAUGAAAGAUCAAUCCCACUGGUUGAUCUUCAAAUCGGAGAUUUUGCGGUUGAUUCAUACUCUCAGACUCAAGGGAUGGCGCAGAGUUUCUAUGGAAGAUAGUUCCGAUAUCGAAGUGACCCGUCUCAGUGGUGCGCUCACCAAUGCAGUAUACGUUGUGAAACCGCCGCCUCCUUCGCCUCCGACACCGAAUGCUGAUGGGACCGAGAAGUUGGCACCUCGAAGACCUCCUCCGAAACUACUUCUUCGUAUAUACGGCCCGCAAGUAGAGCACCUGAUUGAUCGAGAUGGAGAACUUCAGAUCCUUCGUCGGCUAGGAAAGAAGAAUAUUGGGCCACGAGUACUCGGCACAUUCAAGAACGGACGAUUCGAAGAAUUCUUCAACGCUCAUCCAUUAACACCCCAAGCGUUGCGCAACCCUCAAACUUCAAGACAGAUAGCCAAGCGCAUGAGAGAGCUUCACGAUGGAGUUGAACUGCUUGAAGAGGAACGUCUCAGUGGACCAGCCGUGUUCCGGAACUGGGAUAAAUGGGUCGAUCGUUGUGAGCAAGUCAUAUCCUGGCUUGACAAGGAGAUUCUUACGGGUCAUCUGGACGGACCAGAGCCAUGGCGCAAACGUGGUUUGAUAUGCGGUGUGCCGUGGGCGACGUUUCGAAAGGCCGUAGAGAAUUAUCGGAUUUGGUUGUUUGAUCACUUAGGCGGUAUCAAGGAGGUCAAGCGACAAUUAGUUUUUGCACAUAAUGAUACUCAAUAUGGAAAUCUUCUUCGGCUCGAACCCGAGGAUCAAUCACCCUUAUUACUCCCAGCUAAUUCGCACAAACAAUUAGUUGUUAUAGACUUUGAAUAUUCCUCGGCCAACACACCAGCCUUGGAAUUUGCAAAUCAUUUUACCGAGUGGUGCUAUAAUUAUCAUGAUGCUGAAAGACCUUGGGCAUGCAAUACGCGUGCAUACCCAACACCAGAAGAGCAGCAUCGAUUCAUCUCCGCAUAUGUCUACCACCAUCGACCACAACAACAGGGUAUGGGGACUUCCCCGCUAGCUACACCAGAUAUUGCGCCAUCGUCCAUCCCCACGCCACGAUUAGCGCCAUUUUCACUCGAUGCACCAGCCAUGAGCCUAUCAGCGUCAUCGUCAUUGAUCACAUCCGAUACCCCGCAGGAUAGAGUACUAUACGAAGAAACAUUCGAGGCUGAAAUACAGCAAUAUAUGCGACAAACGCGGUUAUGGCGAGUUGCGAAUUCAGCUCAAUGGGUCGCAUGGGGUAUUGUACAGGCUAAAGUGGCAGCUCUGGAAGAAGAGGAGGCAGCUCAAGCAGCUGCUUCUUCUCCCACAGGCGAGUCAAAAGAAAAUACGACAGUGAGCCAAGAAAUGCAAAAGACUAUCGAGGAAGCGGAAGAGAGUGAAUUCGAUUAUUUGGCCUACUCUCAGGACCGCGCGCUUUUCUUUUGGGCUGACGUGCUUUCCAUGAGUCUCAUCCGUGAGAAUGAAUUACCUGACGAGCUUUUGGAGGCUGUCAAGCAGCGGAUGUUGAACUAUUAA